AUGAUCAAAGGUAGCGACGUGUACGAUGUUGUGGCAGCGCUUGUGCCUCUCUACGUGGCUUUGUUUUUAGCAUAUGGCUCCGUCCGUUGGUGGAAGAUCUUCAGCCCAGAACAGUGCUCUGGCAUAAACCGUUUUGUGUCUGUUAUUGCAGUGCCCUUCCUCUCUUUCCAUUUCAUAUCCAACAAUAACCCUUACACCAUGAACUUCAGGUUCUUAGCAGCCGACUGUCUUCAAAAGGUUGUGAUCUUGGCUGCACUUUUUCUGUGGAACACUUUCACAAAAUGGGGUAGCAUUGACUGGACCAUCACACUGUUCUCAAUCUCCACUCUCCCCAACACGCUCAUCAUGGGUGUUCCUCUUCUGAAAGCCAUGUAUGGAGACUUCACAGCCACCCUCAUGAUCCAAAUUGUGGUUUUUCAGAGUGUGAUUUGGUACACUCUCUUGUUGUUCAUGUUUGAAUACAGAGGGGCCAAGCUUCUCAUCUCAGAGCAAUUCCCUGACACUGCUGGAGCCAUUGCCUCCCUAAGGGUUGAUUCAAGUGUGAGCUCUCUCAAUGGAAGAGAACCAUUGCAUGCUGAUGCAGAAAUUGGAGAAAACGGAGAACUCCACGUGGUGUUGAGAAGCAUGUCACGUUCUACGUCCGUAAACAUGCCUUCUUCAUUCCACAAGUCAUAUUCAACACCUAGACCAUCAAAUUUUACUGGAGAAAAACCUAAUCUCCAAAAUGCAGCUUUUGUGGAUAUGCCUCAGGAAAAGUUUUGGAGGAGCAAGAGCGACGGUUGCGGGGUUUCUAGAGCUGGUUUUGUUUACUCAUACCCCUCACAAAAUCUAGGGUUUGUAGGGUUUGAUGGUGGUUUUGUUUCUUCACACAUUUAUCCAAAACCAGAGUUUCCAGGGUUUAGAAGUGGUUUGUCUACUCCAAAACCAGUGAUUGCAGGGUCUAAAAAUUGUUUAUACACGUUUGGUUGCGGCUUGAAUGCAUCAUCAAAUUCUCAUGUUAAUCAGAGACAUGAAAUUAUAAACAGAGUUGGCUCCUUUUCCACCAUUGGACCUUCCAAAUUUCCACUCGAAACUGCUGCUUCAAAAGUACAUGAACUUGUAAGUGAUGAAGAAGCAGAACAUAGCGCAAAGGGGAAACAAAAAGAGGUGAAAAGUGAAGAAGUUGAGACAAACAAAAAUCAACAAAUGCCACGUGCUAAUGUCAUGUUAAAACUUAUUCUGAUAAUGGUUUGGAGGAAUCUGAUAAGAAACCCUAAUACCUAUGCAAGUGUUUUAGGUCUCAUUUGGUCUCUCAUAUUUUACAGGUGGAGCAUCAAAGUGCCAUCUAUUAUAAAAGGUUCCAUUGAAAUAAUUUCUAACACAGGACUAGGAAUGGCCAUGUUCAGUCUUGGUCUAUUCAUGGCAUUACAACCUAAGAUCAUUACUUGUGGAAAAACUCUGGCUUCACUUGCAUUCGCAAUUAAGUUCUUGGUUGGUCCAUUUAUAACUCUUGCAGCCUCCAAAGUAAUUGGUAUCCAUGGAGUUCUUUUACGAGUUACAAUUGUUCAGGCUGCUCUUCCCCAAGGAAUUGUCCCAUUUGUAUUUGCAAAAGAAUAUAAUCUUCAUGCAGACGUACUCAGCACAGCGGUUAUCUUCGGAAUGGUGGUUGCGUUGCCCGUAACAAUAAUUUACUAUGUAGUUCUUGGACUUUAG